AUGUACCUCGACAAGGCGUUGUUUUCCUAUGACUUGGAUGAGGGAGUCUGGAUGAUGAUGCUUAAGCGACCCAAGGAGUCUGCUGCGGGGUCUGGACUCCUAGCUCCUUUCACUAAUUUAGUAUGGUAUUUCAUAUUAGUAGCUGUCUUAGCAUACGGUCCCUGCAUAACUUUGCUCACCAAGUUACGAUACAAGCUGAUGUCGGAUGACGAGAAACCAAUACCGGUGUAUCCUAGUUUUUGAACUCUUAUUUUUCAGCCUAGCACAGAUAUUAGCUACCUGAGCAAGAUGAUAACUACUGGCCGCGCUGAAUUUAAGUCUAUGGGGAACGACUAUGAAUAUUUACCUUUAGUGAAAUCCGGAGUAGUUCUAGUCAAAGAACAGACUGCUAUUGACGAUAUGAUGUACGCAGAUUAUCUGACUAAGGCCAGGGAAGGGGUCGAGGAAGCAGAUAGCUUGAUAUUCAUCGUACAAGCCGGCAUAAUAGACUUCCUGGAACGUCGCGAUCUUCCAUCGACAAAGAUCUGCCCUUUGAAUUUGCAGUCGAAGGAUCGUCAGCUACGGAACAGCGACCUGAUAAUGACGUACAUGAUCAUGAUUGUGGGCAUAUCGUCUGCUGUAGCCUUGUUUAUUGGGGAGGUGAUAACUAAGCGUUACGUCCGCGUAAAUGUUACUAAGAACAGCAAGCAUAAACAUAAGAAGGCCAGGUUUAAUAACAAUCCAAAGAUAUACUACGAUGACAGUCGACCUCCACCUUACGAAUCUAUCUUCGGAAAGAAUGGAAAAUUUAAAGUAACAGAAAACUCAAAGCCUAAAAUUAUAAACGGCAGAGAGUAUUUAGUCGUGAACGCAGCUAACGGAGAUACCAGGCUCAUUCCAGUAAGGACACCGUCCGCUUUCCUUUAUUACAUGGAUAAAUGA